AUAAAAGAAAAAAACAGCAGCUUGGGUGGAAAAUCAGAAAAAGUUUACUAAACGUUGUAAAUGGGAAGGUUCCUCCGUGUGGGUUGGAUUGGCAGACCGUCUAUAAGGUGUAUACCCCAUUUAUGUUGACGAAGUACAAGCAUUGGGUGGCUGUAAUGAUUGAUCUGGUAUUGUGUGAAAUCAAAGUGUACGAUUCAAAGGUUUCACUAAUUCCAGAUGACAUCGUAAAGGAAGAACUCGGCCCGCUAUCAAUUACGCUUCCAAAUCUUCUCAACACCAUCGACUUUUAUGAAGAAGGUGUUUAUGCAAACAAUUGCAGCCGAGAUUGGUGGUGUCCGUGGCCAAUAGAGCGUGUGGAUGUUCCACAACAGUCUAAUGAAGGCGAUUGUGGCAUGUUUGUGUUAAAGUACAUUGAGCUUUUCAGCGCUAAGCUUCCGUUAGCUACUUGCACCUCGCACAACAUGCCUUUUUUUCGGUUGAAAUUGGCUGCGGAGAUAACAAGGGGAGAUGCUUACUUCCCAUGAUAUUGGUUGAAGAUGACAAAUGGUACAUGAGAAGGUUUUGGGAAUGUCCAUUCUCAAACUAAUGUAAAUACACAAUAGAGACGUACGGGUCCUUAUCGAAUUCUACCGCUAACUCCUUCAUGACAUUUACAUGUUUGUUAACCAAACUGCAUUGAAUUGGAAUUUUAAGACUGCAUAUGUGAAUUGGGAUUUGAAGAUGGCUUUUUAAGUGUAUUACAUCAUUGCAAAGUGAUAUGUCAUUGUUGAUGCAAGCCACCAUUAAUCGCAAUGUGUUGCAUCAUAAUAGGUGUCUAAACAUGCGAAAGGUUUUCCGCAGCUCAGUAGCAUAAAAGUAGAAACAAAGACAAUAUACACAAAAUGAACAACAAUUCACAAACGCACCGACAAGCAAUACACACACAACAGACAAACAAUAUACACAAACUUGGCCUGCCAUAUACAGAGAAUAGAUAUGCAAUAUACACACAGUAGACAUGCAAUAUACACACAAUAGACAUGCAAUAUACACACAAUACUCCCUUAACACACACAAUAGACAUGCCCUUGCCCACAAUAAUGAUGCAAUAUACUUC